AUGGUUGGCUCAUGUCAGCACAUUCGUACCGAUCUCACCGACUGCGUGCUCAAGACCGAUUGCUACUUGAAACAGGGGAACUCGGCACAAGAAUGCAUUACCUCACAUAUGGCGGAGCUGCCGGUCGAAUGUCAACAUCUGUACAAGUCGUUUGUCGAGUGUCGACGUGGUAUGCUCGACAUGCGCAAGAGGUUCAGAGGCAACGCACCACCAGCAGCGAGUAGCAGCAAUGCGCCUGGCGGAACGAGCCAGGUGGAUCCUACAUCAGCGAACCAAGCAGGCAAGCCAUAG